AUGUGGAAGACGGUCUUCUGGCCCACCAUCACCGGCGACCUCAAAUGGCCUGAUACGAAGCCUCCCACCGUGCCUGUUGUGCCGCCGCAGUGGCUUCCUGCUCGCGAUGCCUCGGACAAGCUGCGGGCGACGUGGCUGGGCCAUGCUUGCUACUACGUCGAGUUUCCGUCGGGCCUGCGCGUGCUGUUUGAUCCCGUCUUCGAGGAUCGCUGCUCGCCAUUCACCUUCAUGGGCCCCAAGCGCUUCACCCCGCGGCCCUGCGAUCUCAAGGACAUCCCUGUAGUCGACGCCGUCGUCAUCAGCCACAGCCACUACGACCACCUAUCGCACAGCUCCGUGCUGGAGAUCCAGAAGCACCACCCAGACGUCCAGUUCUUCGUUGGGCUCGGCCUGGAGUCGUGGUUCCGCCACAGCGGCCUCAAGAACGUCACCGAGAUGGACUGGUGGGAAGACGCAGAGCUGACCGUCACCGCCCCCAUUGCCGGCGAGAAGAAGACCAUUUCCGCGCAAAUAUCGUGUCUGCCGUGCCAGCACACAUCAGCCAGAACCGCCUUUGACAAGGACACGACGCUGUGGUGCUCCUGGGGCGUCAAGUCCGGCGACAAGAACGUCUGGUUCGGCGGCGACACGGGCUACCGCGCGGUUCCGCAUCUGCCCGCCGGCGUCGACGACUACGGCCCCGAGUACGAGUCACUGCCCCGGUGUCCCCAGUUCCAGCAGAUUGGCGAGCAUCGCGGGCCCUUUGACCUCGGCCUCAUCCCCAUCGGCGCAUACUACCCCCGCGCCGCGUUUUCCGCCAUGCACGCCAAUCCCUUUGAUUCAGUCGAGAUCUUUCAGGACACAAAGUGCCAAAAGGCAAUGGGCAUUCACUGGGGCACCUGGGCUCUGACCAUGGAGGAGGUGCUGGAGCCUCCGCGGCAGCUCAAGGAGGCGUUGAAGCGCAAGGGCAUUGCCGAAGAGGGCGUCUUCGAUGUCUGCGACAUUGGUCAGAGCAGGGAGUUUUGA